UCCUGUGCCGGUUGCUGCGCCUACCUUACACUCUGAUCUCCCUUUCUUAGGGCUCUUUCAGCCCGCAGUUCUGCAAGCCCCUUGGGGCCGGCUACUGCCAUGCCGUUAGUUCGCUACAGGAAGGUGGUCAUUCUCGGGUACCGCUCUGUAGCCCUGGGCCACAGCCCCCGAAAGGGCAGAGGAUGUAAAUGUGGAUGGAUGAUUUGGAUACAACUACCACUGCUUCCCACAGGGAAGACAUCUUUGGCACAUCAGUUUGUGGAAGGCGAGUUCCUGGAAGGCUACGAUCCUACAGUGGAGAAUACUUACAGCAAGAUAGUGACUCUUGGCAAAGAUGAGUUUCACCUACACCUGGUGGACACAGCAGGGCAGGAUGAGUACAGCAUUCUGCCCUAUUCAUUCAUCAUUGGGGUCCAUGGUUAUGUGCUUGUGUAUUCUGUCACCUCUCUGCAUAGCUUCCAAGUCAUUGAGAGUCUGUACCAAAAGCUACAUGAAGGUCACGGGAAAACUCGGCUGCCAGUGGUGCUAGUGGGGAACAAGGCAGAUCUCUCUCCAGACAGGGAAGUCCAGGCAGUUGAAGGGAAGAAGCUGGCAGAGUCCUGGGGUGCGACAUUUAUGGAGUCAUCUGCUCGAGAGAAUCAGCUGACUCGAGGCAUCUUCACCAAAGUCAUCCAGGAAAUUGCCCGGGUAGAGAAUUCCUAUGGGCAAGAGCGCCGCUGCCGUCUCAUGUGAGCCCUCAGGCAUUGGGUAGCUGCCUUGAUUCUGCCCCUGGCACUUGCCAGGCUCCAGCGGGUGUAGGCCCUUAGGACUUCACGGGUAUGGUUGCCAGCUGUGUUCCCAGUCCUCUGGUCACACAGUGUGGUACCCUCAUGUUUGCACACUUUUCCCAGGCUCCAGUGGCCUGGUUGUCAAUGUUUACAACGGGGCAAGGAUGUCUCAUGGGCACUGGCCUCUCGUCUUCUGUUUUUGCUAAAUGAGUUGUUACAACCUGCAGGGUUGGGAUAUGAGUCCUAAGCAUUCUUUAUUCAGGACCCAGUCUUCUGUGCAGGUUUUGGGUGUUGGCUGUGUGAAGGGAGCUGGGGACUCCUGAAGUGGAGCUGACUCCCUAGGGUAACAAUGUAUAUAUGCAAAUAAACUGAGAAAUCUUUGCGUCUUGGCUU